GGUUUGGAGGCUCCAAAAACAAAAUGCAGAGAGCAUCAGAGCUCUACAUGACUUGAAUAUGAAGAGACACAAGUCCGCUAUCGGCUCCCUUCACUGUCAGCCUUCAGCACUUCUCCCACAUGAUGUUUUGAGUGUUUUAUCAGUGAAGAGAAAACACAAGUGGCACGGCUUUCAGAUGCUCAGAGGAGCCACGGGCUGGGUUGAGUCUCCACGGUUCUCAUGGUGUGUUUAAGUGCAGCCUCCUGCUCCGAGCUCUUCAACAGUCCAGUCUCACUCUCGUGUUGUCGUGAAGAGGAACUAAACUUCAGGAGGAAAUGGCAGAAGUAGCUCCAGUUCAAGCCGCCCCGGCGGCCAAAGCAGCCAAGAAGAAGGUCUCUAGACCGAAGAAGACUGGCCCCAGCGUCAGAGACCUCAUCGUUAAAGCUGUGGCCGCAUCCAAGGAGCGGAGCGGCGUGUCUCUGGCCGCCGUCAAGAAGGCUCUGGCUGCCGGAGGCUACGAUGUGGACAAGAACAAGGCCCGCGUCAAGACCAACAUCAAGACCCUGGUGGCUAAUGGGACUCUGGUCCAGCUCAAGGGGACCGGGGCCUCCGGCUCCUUCAAGGUCAGCAAGCAGGCUGCAGAGAAGCCGAAGCCAGCCAAGAAAGCCGCUCCUAAAGCCAAGAAGCCCGCAGCCAAGAAACCCGCAGCGGCUAAAAAGCCCAAGACGGUGAAGAAGCCGGUAGCCGCGAAGAAAUCCCCGAAGAAGGCGAAGAAACCCGCAGCGGCCAAGAAACCAGCCAAGAGCCCCAAGAAGGCGACUAAGGCUCUCAAGUUCCCAGUCGGUCGUGUUCACAGGCAUCUGCGUAAAGGAAACUAUGCGCAGCGUGUGGGUGCCGGCGCCCCCGUCUACUUGGCGGCUGUGCUGGAGUACCUGACCGCUGAGAUCCUGGAGUUGGCUAGAAACGCUGCCCGCGACAACAAGAAGACCCAUAUCAUCCCCCGCCAUCUGCAGCUGGCUGUCCGCAACGACGAGGAGCUCAACAAGCUGCUGGGCGGAGUGACCAUCGCUCAGGGCGGCGUGCUGCCCAACAUCCAGGCUGUUCUGCUGCCCAAGAAGACCGAAAAGGCCGCCAAGUCCAAGUAAAGCUGGAGACUCGCUGAGUGCUGGAAACCAGCCCCCAAAA